UGUAACAAAGAGUUAUUCCAUUACAGAUUCCAUCAUGGAGUUUUGGCAGAUAGCGACCAUUUUCGUGUCGCUAUAUCAAUACCAGUCAGGGGGCCUUUUAACAGUGUCACCGUUUUUCUUUCUUUGUAAUUACCAUGGAAACGUGCAGGAAUUUGGUGUUGAGAGGGGUGAGGUUGCAAUCAGUGUGUCGGUAGAAGGGAACCCUCAUUACUAUGUACCUGGGCAGUUUUAUCAAGUGACCGUGUCAUCCAGCAUGAACUUUGACGGCUUCCUGUUGACGGGACUCUACACUCUGACCUCGGACCUCCAGUCCAGGAUGAUGGGUGGGCGGGGCUUCUUUGGCUCACAGCCAAUGGGAACUAACCUGAUGUGCUCCAUUGUCCACUCCCAUGUUAGCAGACAGCCGGUUCACGAGUUGGCCUUCAUGUGGAUGGCGCCAUCGGAGGGCACUGGCUGCGUCAGCUUCUUAGCAACUGCAACUUUAGGGCACCAGCUUCUGUUCAAGGACACCACUGUAUUCCAGAUGUGUGAAGAAGGAGCGGCCACCACCUCGCCACUCCGACCAGAACUUGCCCAGAUUCACUCCGACUCUGUGAUCCUCAGGGACGACUUUGACUCCCAGCCUGGCUUCAGGACAGACCUCUGGCAGGCUACCGAGGGCGGCACAGUGGGUGACGGGUGUGGUGCCGUCAUGUUUGACAAGGCUGCUGUGUUCUGCAAGAGGGAAGGCAUCAGACAGAUGACUACAGUGCCCCUGAACAUGACGACAGCUCGAGUUGUCCAGUUUGCGUUGUCUGCUGGGACGUGUGGGCGCAGCGACAGCGAGGACCGUGACAUCAUUGUGAUGUUUGGGACACAUGGCUGCACACAGUGGGAGGAGAUAGAGAGGCUCAGACCACCGACCAGCAGUGAGGCCGAGAUUCACCUGGUGACUUUACCUGUGGAAGCCAGGAGAGAGGGCAUCUGUCUGAGGUGGAUUCAGACCCCCUACCCAACCACCUCACCUGCCCCUCCCCUAACCACACCCCCUGUGUUCAUAACAGAACCACAUCACUUCCCUGAGAGAGUCCAUAAUGAAUCUCAAGCAUCGACACAUGCUGACACUACAAUCCUGCAUACAGAGGCCAUAUCUACAGUUAUGUUGACAGACCCCCCUACAACGCAUCCACCAGCCUAUCUAUCCACUAAACCAUCCACUCAACCAAUCACCCAAACAUCCACUCAACCAACCACUCAACCAACCACUCAACCAAUCACCCAAACAUCCACUCAACCAAUCACCCAAACAUCCACUCAACCAAUCACCCAAACAUCCACCCAACCAAUCACCCAAACAUCCACUCAACCAAUCACCCAAACAUCCACACAACCAACCACCAAAACAUCCACUCAACCAAUCACCCAAACAUCCACUCAACCAAUCACCCAAACAUCCACUCAACCAAUCACCCAAUCAUCCACUCAACCAACCACUCAACCAACUACCCGUCCACCAACCAAUCCAACCACCAACCCUACCACCCACCAAACGACCUACCCCCCACUGCCCCUUUUACCCUCCCAAGAUGAGCCCUCACAUUUCACCAAGUUCAGAAAGGGAACCAAACAUCGACAACAUGAUGGUGCUACAUUUCUCAAGAAGGGUUUGUUCCGAACCAAGCGACACCGCCGUGAGUUGCGAGCACUCACAUCCAACACAUUCAAGAGCUGCUGGGCCAUAGAUAACGUACUAGUUGUAAACAUAGCUCACCCACCCUCACAGCUGCAGGAGACAUUUGACCCCGUGGAUCCAAGCAACUGGAUGUUCUUUCCGGGAGGUAAUAUACGGCAAACAUGCCAGUCAGACAGCAGCACAAUGACCUUCACCGAACCAAAUCAGACAUUGAACUACAUGGUGACCCGUGACCUUGACCUUAAACCUGAUGUCAGCUCCGACAGUUUCCUGUAUGAACAGUUUGAAUCGGGAGUAGAUUCAACCUGGAGUGUUAUAGGUGGCGCCACCAAUGUUUUGUGCGGUAUUGUGGACAAGCUGAAUGCUCUGGUGAUGUUUGAGACGGGGAAGCGGCAAGUCUGCACUGACUUCAUGGACAUGACAACUGCGAGCAACGUCCAGUUUGUCUUUGGGAUAGGCGUGGGUGGGUGCCACUCAUCAGAGAAAGCGGCCAGCUUUGUGCAGGUGUACAUGGAGGACCACAACGGCAACACAUACUUCAUCGACAAGCUCAAGCCAGAAGACUACAGGCAAGCGAGGUUGGUGUCCCUCCCACUGACGUCGGUGGGCCGGGUGUCGGAAGCGAGGAUCUGCUGGCUACAGAAGUUUAACACGGGUCCUUAUCGAGACAUCUGGGUGUUAGAUGGCGUCACUGUGCUGCCAUACAUACCCUCAACAACUGAGGCGGUGGUGCAGUUCAGCAUCAACAUGGAAUGUGGACUAAACUUACAACAAAACAGCAUCAACCUGGAGUACAGUACAGAUCAUGGAGACACAUGGUACACCCUCCACCAGCCAUGUCUGUCUGGCCAUUGUGACGGCAUCUACCAGCCGCUCUCCUCCACUGUCCACAGCAAGGACCACAGCCAGUGGACACGCUUCACGUUCCCGAUCCCAUACAAGGCGAUGAUGCCGUACACUAGGUUCCGCUGGAGACAGGUGGAUGAGUCUGGGGCCCCGAACUGGGCUGUGGAUGAUGUGUUCAUUGGCAGUUGUCCCGAUGGCUGUAACAACCAUGGCACCUGUGGGUUGGAACAGUGCAGCUGUGACUUCGGCUACAAGGGCGCCACCUGCAGGGAUCCUGUAGUUCCCAGUCCUUCAUCUUUCAUGGAGAGUUUUGAAGACCCCAUAGUAGUGACAUCAUCGAUGUUGUUUACCAUCCACGGGGCGACGGUCACCUUUGACUGUGGCGUCAUCUCAGCAGGAAAGUCCCUUGUCUUCAAUGGCAAUGGACCAAGAGUAUUCCUCACAACUGAUUUCAAUACAACAGAUGCACAAUACCUCCAGUACUCUGUGCGAGUAGGGAGUCUGUCCACAACCUCAGACUGCCCUCCUCCCGAUGACACGUCCGAGUCGGUCUACCUCGAGUAUUCCUGCAAUGGUGGCAUCUCUUGGCACUUCCUGCGAGAGUUCUCCAUCAAGGACUAUCAGUCACCACGAGGAGAUGCUGUGUAUCUUCCAAAUGCUGCUCGAGACUCAUCGUGUAGAUUCCAGUGGCGACAGCCAAAUCACUCCGGUAGUGGCCAUGAUGUGUGGGCAAUAGAUGAAGUCAGUCUGGCUAAAAAACUCUCCAACACACUGAGUAUCGAGGCAGCAGAUAUGAAAGACAUGGAUGAAGAACUUACAACAAAUCUGGGCCAACUCGUGGACAGUUACUGUGGCGCUCCCAAGAGUAUUAAUUUUGCAGGAAAGGAGAAGAAUGGACAAGACCGAUUCCUAAUGACGGACACAAUGCAGAUCGGUCCGUCCUACAUGGCACAAUUUGACCUUGUGAUGGGUUGUCACACGGCAUACACAAAGGACAUCGACAACCGUGUGUAUCUGGAAUACUCCAUUGACCAUGGUUCCAGCUGGUACCUGGUGCAGGAGCCGUGCCUGCUGCCGAUGUUGUGUGAGGAGUACCACGCAGGGACGGUGUACGACUCCUCACAGUUUCAGGACUGGACACGGACGACGGUCUUGCUGCCAGAGGACACGUGGUCGCCAGGGACCAAGUUCAGAUGGCGCCAGUCCAACUGGAACCCAACCGACUCCUGGGCAAUCAAGCGGAUAUAUAUUGGGCAGCAGUGUCCAUUCAUGUGUCACGGCCACGGCAAGUGUAACGAAGGAGUGUGCAAGUGCGAUGCAGGAUUUACAGGUGACACCUGCCAACCGAGUACCGUGAUGGACACUGACAUGCAUGCUGACUUUGGUAUGAGAUAUGAGCCAGAGGAGGACUUCCAUCGUAUCAUCGGUGGUGAUGUUGUUCGCAGCAACCAAGGAUGUGGACCUAUACUCUCCGGAGAGUCAAUAUACUUCUUCAAGGAUGGUGUACGUGAACUGCAGACCAAGGACCUGGACACGACAGAUGAUGACUACAUCCAGUUCUACAUCCGUCUGGGAGGGGCGGAUGAGGACUGUCAUGGAGCUGACCAACGAUCUGAGUCUGUCCUGCUCCAGUUCUCUGUCGACGGAGGGAUCACAUGGAAGUUGCUGGAUGAGAUCCACCACCGGGAAUACCAGCGUCCCAGGUUUGUGCACAUAGACCUGCCUUCAGAGGCUCAGAACCCCAGCACCCGAUUCCGUUGGUGGCAGCCAUCACACUCAGGUCAAGGUCAAGAUCAGUGGGCAGUUGAUGAAAUUAUCAUCGGGCAUUAUGAGCGGAGGAGGUUCAUUGAAGAUGAUUUUGAGAGCCAUGCUGACCCCUUGGAAUCUGGCAACUGGUUGACAGUCACGGAGGGUGUGGUAGGAAAGUACUGUCAGCAGACCAACCCAGGCCUGGUCCUUGGUAACCAACCCAAUGACAAGAUUGUCAUUACCAAAGAUCUGGCACUGAAACCAAAUGAUGUCAUACAGUUCAGGAUCAACGUGGGGUGUGGUAAGAUCUUCCGAUGGGACCACCCCGUGUACCUGCAGUACAGCCAUGACGGCGGGCGGACGUGGCAGUUGGUGACGGAGCCAUGCUACCAGGAGCAGGACUGUGAUGGGCGCCAUGUUGAAGGCAGCAUCUACUACACCGGCACACACGGAGAAUGGAGUCUCGUCGUCAUCCCAGUCAGCACAGACAUUGCCAUGCACCCAGUGAUAUUCCGAUGGUAUCAGCCUGGUGGUAUGGCUCACAGCUUCAGCAUUGACGACGUCUACAUCGGCCCUCCCUGUCCACAACAUUGUCUACGCCAUGGCCUGUGUCAUCGUGCCUCAUGUGACUGCUUCGAUGGGGCAUCAGGUAUUGGUUGCCAGGCCGAUGAUCCACGUCCGUCAGGUAUGCUAGACCGGUUCGACAACAGGAACCAACCCACGGCAUACUGGCAGAAGAUCCUGGGUGGGUACCUGGGUCGCGGAUGUGGCGUGGUGGAGUAUGGUAACUCGUUGUACUUCAAUGGCGAGGGAACCAGGGAGGCUGUCACGGACCCUCUCGAUACAACCAGUCUCAGGAUGCUCCAGUUUGUGGUGAAGAUAGGAAGCCCACAAAACAGGUUCGGGUGUAGACAGCCGGAGAACCGUAAUGAGGGCAUCGUUGUGGACUACUCAACUGACAACCAGAUUACCUGGAACAUCCUGAAGGUCAUCGAACCCCAGCUGUACAACUCCACAACACAGGUAGUGGUGGUGGAACUCCCUGCGGAUGCCAAGACCAACCACACCACCUUCAGAUGGUGGCAGCCGCUCGGACACGGAGGUGUCCCCCGUGCUCAGUGGGCCCUGGACAGCGUCCUCAUCGGCAUCAAUGACACCAGCACAUUCGGCUUCCAGGACGACUUCAGCUCCAUGAUGCCAGACCCUCACAACUGGUUCAUCGCCGACAGCGCUGUGCCCCGAAUUGCCUGCAACUCUCAGGGCAACGCACUCGAGUUCAGCACAAAUAAUGGCCUCAGGUUUGCUGAGACGUGGGACUAUCACGUGACCCAAUCCACGUUCCUCCAGUUCGACAUUGCUAUGGGCUGUGGGUCGCUGUAUGGGACGCUGUACAACGUCAUGUUGGAAUACUCUGUGAACAUGGGCAAGACCUGGCACCCCGUGGUGUCAGAAUGUAAGCCCCCCAACUUUGAGUGCAGCGGCUACCAUUUGAGCAGCGAGUAUUCCUCUGACCAGCACAUGAACUGGACGAGAGUGACUGUGUAUCUGCCUCAAGGAGCUGUGUCUCCAGCGACGCGGUUCCGAUGGUUACAGCACACGUCCAACCCGCGGGGCAUGGUGUGGGCGCUGGACAACGUAUACCUGGGCAGUGGAUGCCCCUGGCUCUGUUCAGGCCAUGGCUACUGCAAUAAGGGAGAGUGUGUGUGUGAUGCCGGCUUCUCUGAACCUUUCUGUGUACCUACAAAGCCAUUACCCAUGAUGCUUCGUGAUGACUUCAACACAGACACUGUGGAUCAGUCCAAGUGGAGGGAGGUGUAUGGAGGGGAGAACACUGACGUCUGCGGGAACAUCGUCAGUGGUAACGCACUCACAUUCCAUAAGGGUCAACUGAGAAUGGCUGUGACAAGAGAUAUUGAUACGUCCAUGCUCACUACUGCAGAAUUCUAUUUCCGAUAUGGCUGUGAAGGCAAGUUGUUUGAUUGGCCGAGGACACACAGUGUUCUGCUGCAGUAUUCCACCAAUGGCGGCAUCACCUGGAAACUCCUCAAGGAACUCCAUUACCGCAAUACAAGUGGUGUAAGUUACUUCACAAUAUCGCUUCCCAUGAGCGCCAAGAUGAAUGCAACAAGAUUCCGGUUCUGGCAGCCAGAGAAUGCAGGUGAGAUGCAGAUGACUUGGUCAGUGGACAAUCUAUUUAUUGGCACUAUGCCAAUGAAUCCCGGGUUCCUGUACGAUGACUUUGACAGUGGAGAAACAGACCAAGAGGGCUGGAUGUUUGUAAACAAUGGACGUGUCGGGCAGUACUGUCAGUUUAAUACAGGGACAGAUACAUCAUCAUCUGGUGAGUCCGCCCUUGUGUUCCGGAGGUCAGCUGGAGGAGAGUUAUCUGCUGUUACAUGUGACCUUGACAUUGGACCAAUGUCAGUUCUACAGUUUGAUAUCAAUGUUGGCUGCGGUUCCGAGGCCACCAACAAGUACCCUGUCAGGCUGGAAUACUCAUCUGAUCGAGGGAAAACAUGGGCGCCUGUUGUACCCAACUGUGCCGAGGUGUCAAGUGUCCGAUGUUUCGACAGCACGUUACCACAGACUGUGUACUAUGGCGGUACAUCACCAAACUGGCGACGGAUUGUAGUGCCUCUAAAUAAUCUUCUUGUGUGUGGGGCAAUGAGAUUCCGCUGGUACCAAGGUGCAGUACCUGAGUACGACUUUGCCCCCGAGUGGGCGAUAGACAACGUGUACAUCGGCAUGGCCUGCAUCGACCACUGUAACGGGCAUGGGUUCUGUGUGAAUGGCAUGGUGUGCAUGUGCGACGAGGGCUACUCGGGGGAGAGGUGUGUGGCGGAGGGACACAAACCCACGUAUCUGAAGGAGGACUUCAACCCACCCCGGGUCAUCUCCCUGCUGCCCCAGAGGGGGGACGUGUCGCAGUCCAACGUCCUGGAUGCUAGCCAGCAACUGGACCAGGACCGGUGGUCAGUGUGGAGUGGAGGCAGACCCUCUGACCACUGUGGGAAUCUCUUCACCGAGCCCAGUCUGCACUAUGGUAACACUGGCGACAGAGUGCUGGCCACCACGGAGAUGGAUCUCUCUCGAGUCAGCACACUGCAGUUCUACCUGAAGCUAGGCUGUUACCAAAGCGUCCAGCCAACGUUACCAGUCUUCCUCCUUUCUGUCAAUGGUGGCAUCAAUUGGAUCACCAUUGAACAGUUUGACUUCAAUGACCGAAGCAACAGUCCACAAUAUUUUGCCCUCCCCCUUCCGUCCACCGCACGCUCCAACUCCACCCUGCUGAGGUGGUGGCAGCCAUCAGUAGAUGGGACCUACUCUGAAGACUGGGCUAUUGACCAGGUCUACAUCGGUGGCGACAUCUAUGGGGAGGAUGUUCUGCAGGAUGAACCCGGUGCCCCUCGUGACUCCACAUGGCUGAUGUACCCAGGGGGGGACGUGGAGAAGGUGUGUGGCUCUCCAGUGGAAGCCAUGCACUUCAAUGGGCUUGACAACAUGAGGUACGCCAUCUCUGCCGACGUUGAUGUGAGGGAGGGGAGCUUUGUCCAGUUUGAUGUGGCUAUGGGAUGUGAACCAACCACAGAGAACUGUUAUCACAUGGACCUUGAGUUCUCCCUGGACAUGGGCAAGACCUGGAGUCUCCUGCAGCGAGCGUGUGUUCCCUCCGAUGUGGACUGCAGCACCUACUUCACCAGCUCCCAGUACCAGUCAGACAUGUACGCUGGUUGGAACAGGGUCACCAUCCCUCUGCCGUACUACACCAGAUCUAAAUCAACAAGAUUUCGCUGGCAACAGCCACCAGGAUUCAUACCAAGUCAGUCCUGGGCACUGGCCCACCUGUACAUCGGUGGGGAGUGUAGGUCCAUGUGUAGCGGUCAUGGUCGGUGCUAUGAAGGCAGCUGUGUUUGUGAUGAGGGAUGGACUGAUGCCGAUUGCCGAGAACCAAUCACUGCCCUCCCUGGUCGACUGGAUGAUGACUUUACUGUAGCAGCAGACGACACUAACUGGAUUAAACUGGUUGGUGGGGAAGUGGCACGUCCUUGUAAGACUCUAGCCAAUGGGAAGGCUCUUCACUUUACUGGGAGUUGCAGCCGCGCUCUAAUCACUCGUGACCUUGACCUCUCUGAUGCCAAAUUCAUCCAGUUCUACUUCCUGUUUGGCUGUAACUCUCUGCCAGUGAACCGUGACCAGAGUGUUCUGGUGGACUACUCUGCUGACAGUGGUAUUAGCUGGAUCCCGGUCACGGAACUAUACUACAACCUGUACAGACAACCAACAUUCAUUAGCGUGCGUCUGCCCCCUGGGUCCAAGAAGCCAGGUGUCAGAGUGAGAUGGUGGCAGCCCCAACACGGCGGCCAUAUGCUGGGAGACUGGGUCAUUGACAGCAUUCGCAUCAACGGCCAGGAAGACAACCCCACCAUCCUCCACAUCAACACCACAGACAUCCUUGACCCCAAAUACUUCCCAACAAGAGAUAACCUUGAACUGGAUGAAUUUUGCGGAUCUGCUGAUGUAGUGGUUGGGACAACAAAGGACGGCGAAGCCUCCAUGUUGACUAGUCAGGAAGUGAAACUGGACAAUGGUGCCAUACUACAGUUUUAUAUAAAUGUUGGUUGUGGAGUUUUAAGCAAUGCGUCUACACCGCCUGUUGAACUGAAGUAUUCCACAGAUCAUGGAAUGACUUGGGACUUCCUGAAUCCUCAGUGUUUACCAAACGACCCCCAAUGUCGCAGUGGGGCACAGAUGCCAACGAUGUUCUAUGGGGAUCCAACAGCACGCUGGCAGAGGGUGGUGAUUCCUCUCAAUGGACUUCCAGUUUCUAAUGGCACACGGUUCCAGUGGGUGCAGCGCCCCGACGGUUCCCCCUCUCCACACCACUGGGGCAUCAGGGACAUCUACAUUGGACCUGCCUGCCCUGACUUUUGUAGAGGUCAUGGUCACUGUGAUUACCCACGAUGCAUCUGUGAUACUGGCUACGGAGGAGAAGACUGCAAGACUGUGGACAUUAAUAGGCCGACGCAGCUCAAGGACACGUUUGACAAGCCGGGGGUGAACAGCAGUAAGUGGACCGUGGUCCAGUCGGGGGAUAUCCAAGAUGGCUGCUCCACCCUGGUUGAGGGGACGUCCCUGGUGUUUGACGGGCCGGGGUUGAGACAGGCUGUUACAGUGGACCUGGAUCUCAGGAAUGCCAAGUUCAUGCAGUACACGGCGAUGAUCGGUGGCCAGAGCAUCCGCCCUGGGUGCUACCUGCCCAGCUCACGUGACCAGAGUGUCCUGCUACAGUUCUCGGUAGAUGGAGGUAUCUCCUGGACCACACUACACACUCUGGACUAUUCCACAUACCUUACACCACGUCAGGAUUACCUCCCCUUGCCGGAGGCCGCACGGACGGAGAGCACACGGUUCCGGUGGUGGCAGCCGCUGCCUGCAAACUCCCAGAUGGAGCUCCCCCUGUGGGCGCUGGACAACGUCCUGGUUGGGGGGACGGAGAUCAACCCUAGUCAGUUCCUCCACACCUUCAACCUCUCUUUGCCGCAAGAUGACUCUUCAGACUAUGAGUUCAGCCCACAUGGGAAGGUUGAGAGUGGCGUCUGCUCCAAUACUGAUGGUGCUCUGUCGUACAAGGAGGGGUUGGGAAUCAGGGUGUUCACCACAAACCAGCUGAUUGUGCAGUCCCGAUACAUGCUGCAGUUCAAGAUCGUGGUGGGUUGCAACCAACAUUACAACGUCUGCGAGGACCACGCCCCGAUCCGCCUUGAGUACAACAAGAACCCACAGUCAGGACGCUGGCAUCUGGUGAAGCAGCUGUGUCUCCCUGACAACAACCAGAUGGAGUGUCGGCCCCAGGUCCACCACCAGGCCAGCAUCUUCACUCUGGCGGACUUCCCUGCCUGGACCAGGGUCACCAUCAGCCUCCCGGACAGGGUCUUCUCAGGCUCCACCCGAUUCCGGUGGAUCCAGGCGUCCCAGGACCGGCCGUCUGCUGGUUGGGCUCUGGACGACAUCUAUGUUGGGGAGAAGUGUGAGAACAUGUGUAGUGGGCGCGGAGACUGCCAGCAUGGACGCUGCAUCUGUGAUGAGGGAUAUUACGGUCCCACCUGUAGACCAAGCAGACGUCAGCUCCCGAGCAAGAUGUUUGAAUCAUUUGAAGGUGGGAUAUUCUCAGCCCACUGGGCAGCAGUGACUGGAGGUGGCAUCGGGUUUGGAUGCGGGGCACUGCUGCCAUAUGCUCACGGAAAGACACUGUAUUUCAAUGACUGCGGCACAAGACAGGCAGUCACUGCAGAGAUGGAUAUGACAUCAGCUGUGAAAAUAAUAUUUGUGAUGCAGAUAGGUUGUCAGGCUCAGACAGAGAACUGUAACGUACGUCUUGGCAGUGGUCCUGACUAUAGAGGUGUGCUGUUGCAGUACUCUACCAACCAGGGGUCUGACUGGAAGUUGCUGGCCCGCCAUGACCCUGAAGACUUCAUGAGGCCCCGGCGUAUGGCGUACGACGUCCCUUCCGCUGCCCGUGCUGUGGGCACUCAGUUCCGGUGGUGGCAGCCAAUACACGAUGGUGCUGGAGCUGACCAAUGGGCAAUCGACAAAGUAGAAAUUAUUUCUGGUCCGUCACAUCACAGCAGGAACAGAUGGACAAGACAGUAAUUGAUGAGAUACAUCCAACAUCAGUUGUCACAGUAACUGAGGAAGCACAAUAUCAGCAGAAAAGUACCCAGAAUCUGGGUCCAGACCGAGACUUUGUGAAAGAUUGUGUACAUACACCGCUGUGUAGAUACAUGUAAAUAUUUCUACAGCUGACUGAGUGACAGAGGCCAGCUAUUACAGGGUCAUGUCUAAUUAUUUCUGCAACAGUGCCUUGAACUACAUUCAGAUGUACAAAAUCAGUUAUAUAAGUUUAUAUAGUCCGUGUAUACAGACUGUCAGUUUACAGGAUAACGGUUUGAAACAUUAAAGUCCUUAAUAUCCAGUUCUAGUCAAUUGUUUAGGUGCAUAGUUGGAUACAAUUGUCUUUUGUACUUUCUUUCAUUACACUUCCUAUGGUACCAAAGAAACUGCUUAUUAAGAAUACUUCUUAAAGUACUUUUCAUUAUUUAACAUAAAAAAACUUUAUACCUGGCGCCACUGUUUUUCAUUUGUGUGUAACCCUUCACAACAACCCAUGUUCAUCAAUACGUGACCAGUAUUGUCUUCAAUAUUCUUAUGGUGCAUGUUCGGAUUAUACGACAAAACAAACCCUGUUGCCAAACUAUGAAAGUAGAAUUGUAUAUACUGAUAGAACCAUGUUAAGUCAUUAAAUGGUAAGUCUUUUA